AAUCAUUAUUUUCAGUUUUGAAAAAUGUAGUAAUGACUACAUUCAAAUCAGGUAUUUUAAUUUUUAAAUUUUUUCUUGGUUAACACACAAUUAAGCUACUUUCAUGUAAGGUGUUGCUGUUUGGCCUAAUUCACCCGAAAUUAUCGUGAGUUAAGUUACUUCGAGCGAUAACGCGGGCAAAAAUUAAGUUGCCCAUAUCAAAUUAAGUCUGCAAGAUUAUUCGACUUUUCAAAAUUAUUUCAACUUACCAGACUCAUCCUCGUCAAGCAAAUGGCAAUAUAUUCAACUUUAAAUGAUUCUAUGUGCUCCAAUAAAGCAUACAAUUUGGUGCCAAAUCCUCUUACCACCAAAAGUUCAAUCGGUUCUGGCAGUGCCAAUGCAAACUACAAACGAUGUAAAAGCAAGAAAAAGUCAUUAUAUAUCUCUAAUAAUCAUAUCCACUUGCGUUCCCACACUGAUGAAAAAACCGAAAACAAGUUCUUAUCUUCUUUUCAACUAGCUGCGAAAUUGUAUAAAUCUAAUUCUGAUGAAUUCAAAACGGAGAAGAAAAUGAGUAAGAAGAGCAACAAAAAGUCUGUGUUGACUCUUCCUAAUGACCCAGCUGUACUGCCGCAGUCUUGCACUGUGAGCGAUAUGAACGACAGCGAAUAUUUCAGACGUAUUCACAAAUCUAAGGCACAAAAGACGAAAAAACGCCAGCCUUGGAAGAAAAAUCCCAAGCCACCAGAUUACAACUGUGAAUAUUAUGACAGAGACGCUGACUACUGCUCCCAAAUGAAUCUAUACCUAGAUUGUAGUUCUGUAGAUGUUGUUAAGAACUUUAAAGGCGACUGCCGGAGAAAAGCAAGAGAUUCAUAUAAAUCUUAUAAUGGCGAAACUGAAGCCACCGCACCGUGUGCAUCUGAUGUUUGGUCUGUGUUGAGGAAUAUCAAUAGAUUUCAAUUUUAUCCAUCUCCACCUAUGUCUGAAGACAGUAGUAACGAGAUAAAGCCGAGAAAAAAGGUAGUCAAGAAGAAACUUAAUAGAAGCGUAUAUGAGACGUGUCGAACUGAGCAGAUUUAUUUUCAGACUGAGGUUAAUAUUCCUAGAGAUACCAGUCUUUCAGAGUCUUCUCAGAUAACCGUGAUCGACAAAAAUGAUGAACUCAACAAAUUUUGCAAAAAAGUGGAAAUUAGAUCUUUUAAGCAGAAUGUACCACUGGUUACCCCGAGGAUUAAAAAGCAAGAACCGCCAAAGACUAAUAACAGAAAAUGUAGAAUUUCCCACCUUAAAUCUAGAACAAAGAAAAAUUCCCCUAGCAAAGAUACGCUCGCUGACCAUAAAUCUAAACUAUCUGAAGUAGCGUUGAAGCCAUUUCAGACAUUAAAUAGAGGUGAUGGUAGCUUUGAAGAAUCACAGACAAAACAUAUUUGUACGACAGUUGAAAUGCAAACCGGGACGGAAAUUGAUAACAAUGACGAUGAUAAGCCCCAAAUAAAUUCCAACGCUUGUGUACACAAUGCUAAUAGCAACACCGGGGCUAAGAGCGAUAUAGAAGAUAAUAAACCCCAAAUAAUUCCCAGCGCUUGUGUACACAACAAUACUGUUAGCAACACCGGGACUAUGAGCGGUGAUAUACCGAAACAAAUUAUGAAUAGUCGUCUGGACAUGAAAGAGCCUCUCCAACGUCCUUUACGGAGUCCCUGGACUAGCACCCAACCGCGUCCCAAUAUUCCACCGGGACGCCCCUUAACACAUGAUUCUUUUAAGCCUAAUUUAAAUAUACUCGGUCCACCCGAUGGCUUGAGGUUUUACAAACUACAAGACAGCCGUAGAGUCCGUUGCCAGGCCACAGCAAAUCCAAUGCAUCCGUUAACUCGAACCGCCAUACGCACAAUUUUAGCCAAAAUCAAAUUCCCAUUAGUUAUUUUGGGAAAAGAUCAAGUCAGUGGCACAUUUGAAGUAGAACAUUACGAUAAUCAAUUCAGAGGAUUAGAUGAGCAUGUGUGGCCUUUCAUGGUCGAUUGGAUGGAGAAACCGAAAUCACUGGAAUUUAAAACGGCAGCGCAACAUAAAGAGCAAACUUUCAAGGAUAAAGGGCCAGCGAUUUCAACAAAUUUUAAUGGUACAGUUCACAACAAAAAGAAACGGAUGGGUUCAACUCUCAGUAACGUUGAAUCUAAACAGAAUAGUGUCGGCAAUACAAAACCAGCAUCACGAUUCCGAGAUAACAUAUUGAAGCUUUUGUAUAAGAAGACUUCUAAUCAAAAGAUGGGUAGUUAUAUCUUACCUACACUUGUCGAGCGGGACGCGAAUGUGGACCAGUUGCCCAUCAGAAGCACGGACGUCACCAGCAGUAGCAGCUCCAUAGCAAAUUCUCUAGCAAGGAGACUACUUCGAGAGGGCGUUUCAUCUCGAGCGGGGAGUCCACUUCAAGGGAGUAGUCCACCUCGAGCGAGAAUUUCACCUCAAGUGAUGAGUCCAUCUCGAGCAAAGAGUCCACCUCGAGCAACAAAUCCACCUCUAGCGAGAGGUCCACCUCGAGUAAUGAGUCCAUCUUGGCCGAAGACUCAACCUCAAACAACAAGUCCACCUCGAGCGAGGAGUCCAGUGAAAACAGAAAAAUUAAAACUUCUAACUUCACCCCCGCCGCCGACAUCACCGUCUAAAAUUUUAAUACCCCUGAAAAAACGUCAACCCCAAAGAAUUUGGGGUAAAGCCAAAUGGGCGAGUGAUUUCAUUGAUAAUGUUAUUAAUAAGAUUAAAUGUGGCAUCUAUUAUACUAGCGAACCGCAAACGAAGAAGUUAAAUUUGAAAACGCCCCAGAAUCGCACAAGCGAUACCGGUGACUUAAACAAUCAUGCAAAGGAAGUGUCCAUUCAGGUGACCAUGCCCAUAAUUACAGAAGAUUUCACACCAAAAGUCACAAUACAAAAGAAAAAGGAACUUACUGUAAUAUUGCCUGGAUUUGAUGAUGCUGUGCCGCCAUUGGAAAUAAAAGCGAUGACUCGGAACUUAAUCGCAGUAAAACAUUGCAUUAUGAAUGUUUUGCUACAAUUUGAUGUGAACGUACCCUCAGAAGCGGACCAAAGUCGUCUCGCUAUCAAGCAUUCUACUUCUUGCAUACCUCUAUCUGCACCAGACAGCAGGACCAAAGUAUUUAAAUGCAAAACUGGAAUCCCUAAUGCUGCAUUGCCUGCUGAACUUUGCAGCAUUAUACCGAGGGUGAUGACGCAAUUUUUGGAUAAACUCACGCCACCGAUCCUACCAUUACAAGAACCAAUCAGCAAUGCAUCUCUAAGCAUCAUAUCUGAACACGCGACAUCUAAUAUCCAGGGUCCAAGCAUAUUUUCAUUGCUGCCUGAAAUAAGAAUGUCUCCAGAGCUGAUGAGAUUUAGGAACGGAAGAUUCUCGAAAAAUCUUAAGUCUUGGACAGGAAUGUCAAAUGAAAACAUUUCCAUUAUUUCAAUAAAGGAAUUGCCAUAUCAGUAUCAUAACAAAGUAGAAAUAUUGUCACCGCAAACAUCACUAUACCGUCAAAACAUUGUAGUACAUCCGAGUCGCGAGUUAGCACUGAAUUCAACCAAAACUCAAUGUAUUUCGUCCAAUCUUCCAAGUCUAAAUUCUGCAUCUAAACACAAUUUAUGUACAGAUUUAGUUCCGUAUACAGGUAAUAAACCAUGGUAUGGCGGAUGUAUAGUACAAAAUACACCACUGAUAGCGCUAAAAGAACUCUUCAAUAAAAUGUUACAAGUCAAUACAAAUUCUCUCUCGGAGUAUUUACCUACCAUCAAGAUGCAAACCUGUAAUAAUCAUGAAUACUUGAACUUGACUAUUGGCAACCAUCAGGAUGCUUCUUUGUGCAUCGAUAUAACACUUUUUAAAUAUAACCCGUUAAGCAUUGUUACUACGACAGUGUCAUCCAACGCUAUUGUUCAAUAUGAACAUCCUGAGAAACAAAUCGAAUACAUAAAACUGGCAGAGAUAAAAAAAUCCAACAGAACAGAAUCAAGAAAAGCAGUGCUGAAUGCGUCAAUGCCUAAAAUUAAAAAGAAAGGUCACGUGGGAUACGUACAACUUUAUAAGAAAUGCAAAUCCACUUCGCACAUAGUAGCGGAACGAAGGAGCACGCCUUUGAGUAAAGUGAGGAAUAUGGACGAAUUCUUUCAAGCAAUGGGCGCCGGGAAACUGCUAUCCAGUGUUUUUGAUGGCAGUUGUGAGAAGAAAAUUCUGGCGUUCGUUUCACACUUGAAAACUUACAUUUCGGGAAUAACACCGAGACAAGCAUUAUUAGUCAUGUUACUGGCAAACAAGAAAGAUACGUCCAAUUUAAUACGAUUCCGGUCCGUAAUCCUGCAGGGCAUAGCAGUCCACAGGAUCACACGCGCUAGCGAGUUGGAUAUGGAAGUCGAGGUCAUUGAAAAUGAGAAGUUCAAUACGAUGCCAGAGUAUCUGGACGUGCCUCCCUUACUAGAAAUUAAGGAAAAGAACGAUAAUCUUUUGGAAGAAUUGAUUUGGAUAGCGAAAACUACUGCUUCGGAUUACCAGAGACAGUUCGACGGAUUCUCUGUAAAACUGCUAAAGACCCUAUUAGGGAAGAGAAAGAGGUUGAACCCAUCAUACUUGCGAGUGUUGGCGCGCUACGUGGGCCUCGGACUUCUGAAAACUCCAGUGAAUCACUAUAGUAUCUGAACCUGUGUAGUUUGGAUUAUGCUUUGCUUUUGAAAUUGUUUGUGAACGUCUGUAUCGUCAUGUAAAUUAUCUUGUGGAAUGAUAAAUUUAUCAUAAAUUAUUAGGUUCGGAA